CGGGGCCGGUCCUGGGCGGCUAGGGGCCGCGGCCGGACUUCAACUCCCAGCGUGCUCCGCGCGGCUCCCCCGCCCUUGGCGCCCGAGCGCGAGGCAUGCUGGGAACUGUAGUCCGCUGCACAUGUGGCGGGAUGGGCGCAGACCUUGACGGGCUGGAGGUCCCCAGCGUGGCACCUAGCUGAGUGCUUGCGUCGAUAGCUCUGGCCCACUUCGUCUUUUAUGAUGCCUCUUUGCAGGUGCUGAGUUCCCCCUUGCAGCCCACUCCACUUUUGAAAGUCAUGGAGCCCAGAAAGGACUUAGCCCAAGGUUGCAGAGCAAUUCUCUGAGCCAGGUCCCUCCUAGCAGCCUCGUUAACAGCAUUGUAGCAUCCCCGUCCGUUAAGCCAGAAAAUGAGUAUUUGUAGGUCUGGGCCGUGGAGACACAGAGAAAACCAGUCACCCAAGGCCCCUACCCUAGGAGUAGGCCCCCAGCAGGCACCGAGGAAGGGGCCUGCGCGACACACAGGGAAAGGUGUUUCAGUCACGAGGCAAGCAAGUGCACUGGCCUGGAAGCUGUAGUGCUGCCGUGAAGGACCCACUGGGGGAGGGAAGGCAGUGGAUGCUUCCUGUGGCUGAAGCAUGGUGGGGUGGAGGGGAUGGCUUCCCCCACCCCACCCCGCCCCGCCCCGCCCAUCUCUGAGCCCAGGGAAGGGGGCUGAGGAACAUGCUUUGAGUGAGUGGUCCGCGUCCAGAGGAUGGGAAGAAGUUGACACGCAGCAUCAACCAGAUAAGGUCACGGCUGGAUGUGGGUGGGCUGGGUCUUAGGUUGGGGGUGGGGGUGGAUUCCCAGAAGCAGGGUCUGAGGCUAGCAUUCACGUGGGGGUAAUUUUAAGAGGUCGCUCCCCAGAGAACCCAUGGAGGAGGAGGAGGCCAAGCAAGGGAGAGUUUCAGUCUGACCCCCAGCACUCCCUGCCCACAGACCCCCCUCCCAAGAGAGUCAAGGUGCAGACCCCAAGAGAAGGGAAGCACAGAGAGGCUGGGAAGGGAGCCAGGGUGUGGAAGGGGUGUGGAGAGGAGCACCAGAUCUCCACCACAAGGGGAGGGGAGAGCAGGGUGUCCAAAGUGACAGCCAGGAAAAGCUGCAGGAUGGCCGGGGCCACCCCUGAGAUGGGGACCUAGGGAGGGGAGUGGGCUGGUGGGUGUCCAUGUGCUCAGGGCAGGCUCUGAAGGUUGAGCUGCUGGGUUUGCUGGGGCCGAGGUGGCAGGGGUUGUGCACGAACAGUCUCAGGUGGUCUGUGAGAUGGGAAGUCACUGGUUUGGGGAAAUUUCCAGAGUUGCUUGGGGACUAUUCAUUCAGGGUCUGGGUAAACCUCGCAGCAGGAAGGUGGACAGUCGGGUCUGCAACUGAGACAUGUGACUGCUACAGGAGGUUUGUCACCUGGGAGGGCUAAGACCCCAGGCACUGACUUCAAGGAGCCCCAGCUCAGAAAACCCACAGAAAAGCAUGAGAAGGCAGACCAGACAUGAAGGAGAGAACUAGAAGAGAGUGACAUUCCAGGACAUCCUCCAAGGAGGAAGAAAGUCAGUGGCAGGACCACAUGUACAGUUGUUCAGGUCGUGCACUGUGCAAGCCACUCACCCCCCCCCCCCCAUAGACAUCACAGACAAGAACAUUUAUAUGAAGGCUUUUUGUAGAGCUUUUUCCCUGAUUCACACAGAGACACCUUGUGGGCUGGCAGUGGCCCUGUGUCCGAUGGCCCGAUAGAUGAGGGCUGGGAAGUGUCUGAUGGAUUUAGAGCCAAGGGGGCUGUUUGAGAUUCCUAGAGCUGCUGUAACAAAUGACCACAGACUUGGGGACUUGAAACAACAGACGUGUAUCCUCCACUGUUCCGGAGGCCAGAGUCUGAAAUCAAGCUGUGUCAGGGCUGUGUUCUCUCUGGAGGCUCCAGGGGAGGGUCCUUCCUGCCUCUUCCGGCCCCUGGGGGCUCCAGGUGUCCUGGGCUUGUGACUGCUUCCCUCCCAUCUCUGCCUUGUCUUCCCCACGGCUUCUCCGUGUCUCUGUCCUCUCAAUAGGACACUUGGCAUUGGAUAUAGGGCCACCUCAUCUCCAGAUCCUGAGCUGAUCACAUCGGCAGAGACCCCAUUUCCAAAUAUGGUCACACUCACAGGUGCUGGAUGGACCUACAUUCAGGGGAUGCUGUGCACAGCACUUCAGGGGUGCUGGAGCCAGGGGCUGGUGACAGUUGGGAGAGGAGGGGCACAGAGGGUGAGUGGCAGGUGCUGGUGGCUGAUGUGCCCUGGCACCUGGGCUCACCUGGUCUCCCAAGAGACAGAGCCAGUGGUGAACUCAGAAGGUGGGGUCGCAGCCAGGAGCCCCUUAUCCUUGGCCGAUGGGCGAGAAGCGGAAGCCAGGCCAGGACAGCCUUCAACAACAACGUCGGCGUGGCCUACGAGUGCCUGAGCGCCAGCGGGCGCAAGAAGAAGCCGGGGCUGGACGGGCGCACGUACAGCGAGCUGCUGAAGCGCAUCUGCCGGGACGGGGAGGCCCCUGAGGAGGUCGUGGCGCCCCUGCUGCGCAAGAUCCAGUGCCGAGACCACGAGGCUGUGCCGCUGGCCGUCUUCCGCGCGGGGAUGCUCACCUGCUUUGUGCUGCUGGAGUUCGUGGCGCGCGCCGGCGCCCUCUACCGGCUGCUGGAGGACCCGGGCCUGGCCACGGCCGACCGCCGCGUGGGCCAGGCGGUGCUGGACACCCUCGAGGGGGCCCUGCAGGCCAGCGACGACACCGCGCCCGCGCGCUACCUGGAGGCCGGCUCACGCCUGGGGCCCGACAGCCUGGCACUGGCCAUGGACCGCGCCCUGGUGGCCCGGCGGCCCAGCGCCCCCAUGACCCGGGAGGAGUUCCUGGAGAAGGCCACCGCCCUCUUCAUUGCCAAGGUCAAGCCGGUGGGCUGAGCCCUUCCCUCGACUGCUGCCACCUGCGCCCAGAGCUGGGGCCCUGAAGGUCCGGCUGGCUGCUCCCGGCUGGAACAUAGUCCGGGGCCAGGACUGGGAUGUCCCUGCAUGCCAGCGGGCUAGGGGGAGCCCCCCACCACCACCAGCUUCCUACCUGAAAUGAUGUCCCAGCCCCCUUCAGGCGGAGGCCAAAGCUCCCUCUCCGGACUCCCGCCAAGGCCCCUCUUAUCCACAGAAAUAAAGUCUGUUACCGAG